CAAAUUCUUUCGAUCCAUACCGCAAAGUGGGGAGGCAGCCAACCAAGUGAAGAAACGUUAAGAUGGCUUGCAGAUGGGACAAGUGGCUAUUGUGGUGCAGAUCUUCAGUACCUAUGCACGGAGGCCGUUCUAGUCGCACUUCGAUCUCGAUUUCCCCACAUUUAUAUGUCCAAAGAACGGUUGAAGUUGGAUUCAUCAUUGCUGAUUGUUGACAAAGACUGCUUCGCAACAGCGAUGCGUCGUAUUAUUCCAGCAUCGAGAAGAGAUCUCUCUAUUCCCUCACGUCAGCUAGAUGAUCGAACUUCAUUACUGCUUCUGAACACAGUCUCAUCUAUUCUGAAUAAGCGCAUUCCGUUCGGAUACCGUUGUUCGCAAUCAAUUCAAAACACUGCUGCUUCUGAAUUGGAGAAAGUUGUGCGAGCACUCGAGCAACCACCUUGUGUGCCUGCGGUUCGCUUGUUGCUCUGUGGAGAUCCGUCGUAUCCCGAUCUUAGCCAAACGUCGUACGUUUUGCCGGCCAUACUCGGAAAACUCGACCAUCUUCCUGUAUUCUCCAUAGCUGUCGCAAAGCUUUUUUCUGAUGGAAAGCCAGAGGAAACGUUGGCGCAAACGAUUCAAUCUGCACUUCGUUCUGCAGCUAAUGGACCGUGUGUUUUGCUUCUGCCGAGUAUAGAUCAAUGGUAUGACGUUGUUCCCCGUAGCGUCGCUCACAUGCUUGCCACGGCAUUAGACUCUCUUCACGGGUUCACUUCAAUCCUUUUUCUGGCUUCGUGUGACUGUGCUUAUGAUUCCUGUUGUGACGAAGUAAAGGAUCUUUUUGGUCCAUCACAAUGUAUAAGCCUUAAACCACCUAAGGAGCAACGGCGCCGACAGUAUUUUGAGCACAUAGUUUCCAGUGCGCGAGAGUCGCCUAGAGUAUUCGACCGUACCUUAAGACGUGACCGUCGCUUUACAAUUUUUGUCAAACCGGUGGACGGAGAUGACGUUGAGGAUUAUUACGAUGUGAUUAAGAAUCCAAUGUGCAUAUCAGAAAUGGAGGAUAAGAUUGAUAGGUUUGAAUAUCUUCAUCCUGAUCAUCUAUUAAAUGAUAUACGCUUGAUACGAGAUAAUGCAAUAGAAUACAAUCCUGCUAAUACCGAUGAAGGUAGAGCUAUUAGACACAAUGCAUUUGCUCUAUGGGAAACCGUCGUCGAUCUGUUUGACGUUGAUCUCGAUGUCGACUUUGUCGAGUCACUUGAGGUGUAUUCCAUCAUGUGCAGUUAUUUUCAGAUUGUUUUUGUUGAAGAUGGACAUGUCUUUAGGCUUUUAAUGGGAUACUAUAUAACAUAUUUAUUUUUUUAUUUUCUUCUGUGGUGUGUUCAAAGUACUCAUGGGUGGUCCGUUAGCGAAUUGGAGCGUCUGGCAGCUGUAAUGUCACACGACAUAGAAGAAUUUAAGGACAAAUGGGACCGAUCAAAGUUGCCGGCAAAGUUAACAGCUACAAUUACUUCAUGGGAAUUGAAACCCAACCGGAAAAUUGCUGCCGAAUAA